AUGCAGCUGGCGGGGGCCAGCGACCAGUUCGGGGCCGCGGCGCAGAUGGCCGCGGCGCAGAUGGCCCAGCAGUUUGGGGCGGCAGGUGGAUGCAUGGGACAGUCACCGAUGGGCGGCCAGUUCGGCAUGGCCGGCGCAUUCGGUGCGGGCUACUCCAUGACGCCCCAGGGGAUGAUGGCCCAGGCAGGGACCGGCGCGAACUACCAGGAUCCAGCGGGCAUGUAUAACGCUUUCCAGGCGCAGAACGCCGCGGCAUCGCAGUUCAACGCCUUCCAGGGAUUCCAGGCAAAUGCCCAGCAGAACUCCAUGGGCCAGACUAUGCAGCAGUUUGGCCAGAUGGGCCAGGCGCAGCAGGCGCAGACGUUGGGGAGCGGCCGCUACGACGAGGACGUCGAGAGGCAGCUGGAGAGGUGGGUGGAGGCAAAGCGAACUCGCGACUUCAGGACGGCCGACGAGAUACGCGUAGGACUGAGGGCCAGGGGCAUCGACCCGGACACCGUCCGGCCCUCCGACAGCGGCGGGGACGCCAAGCGCCUGAGGAUCAGCUGA